AUGGCUUUGCUUCUCCUUCCAAAUACCAUCUCUUUUUCCCUUCUUACAACACCGCCGAAGGUACCCAGAAGUAGAACAAGAACAAGAUUCGCGAGACACCGCCGGUUUCUGGCCUUGGCGGCUUCUCCGGAGUCAAAGGAUGACAAGACUGCUUCUUCUCAGAAAUCAACAAAGUUGGUCACUUUUUGGGGAAAGGUGGCUCCGGCAAGACCACCUCCGCCGUUUUCGCUGCCCAGAAUUCUGACUUUCAAGCAUUUUGCAAUGGCAGGGUUUAGCACAUGCUUGGUGAUACACACUCAAGAUCCCACUGCUGAGUUCUUUCUAAACUGCAAAAUCGGAAGUUCUCCUACACUAUGCAACAGCAACCUUUCGGCUCUUAGAUUUGAAACCACCCAAAUGCUUCUAGGACCUCUGAAAGAGCUAAAGCAAGUGGAUGCUCGUCUUAAUACGACACAAGGAGUUCUUGAAGGGAUAGUGGGAGAAGAGCUUGGGGUGCUUCCUGGGAUGGAUCCUAUUUUUUCCGCGUUAGCACUUGAGAGGCUUGUUGGAUUUUUAGGAAUGCGGCCCAAAGAAACCACAACAAAGAUAAAUUUGAUGUUGUACUUGAAAUAUCUGCGUAAUGCAGCUGAGAAAACUGAUAUUGGGAGGUUGGCGGGUCCUUCAGUUUUGAGGCUUGUGGAUGAAGCCAUGAGUAUAAGCAGCAGUACACCCCAUCGCAAUGGGAAAAUGAGCGCAGAAAUAUGGGACAUUCUGGAACAAAUGUUGGAGAGAGGGUCGUCUGCUUUCUCAGAACCUCAGAAAUUUGGCUGCUACCUAGUGAUUGACCCAGACAACCCAGCAUCUGUUGCUACUGCUUUACGUUAUUGGGGUUGCUCAAUCCAAGCUGGUGCACAGGUCUCCGGAGCCUUUGCGAUUGCUUCACGACAUGUGAAUACAGAAUCAGAGGAAAGACUCAAGAAAACCUUUUCACCCUUGCCUUUUGCUUUCAUUCCACAUCUCCCCUUUGGUUCCCCUCUAGAUUGGAAUGCGAUCAUACUGAACACUGUCAAUGAAAAUGCACGGAAUCUUCUUUCUUUGCCUGCAAGUGGCAGCAGUAGCGUAACACCCUCAGUGAAGUUUGAUGCAGCCAGAAAAUCAGUAACCCUUUUCAUGCCAGGUUUUGACAAGUCAGAGGUCAAGCUGUACCAAUAUAGGGGAGGAUCUGAGUUGUUGGUGGAAGCAGGGGAUCAAAGACGUGUAAUUCAGCUGCCUUCUAAAAUUCAAGGGAAAGUUGGAGGUGCCAAGUUCAACUUCAUAGACAGAAGUCUUGUAAUCACAAUGCGAUAG